CCAGCAACAACCAACCCCCCUCUUCCCCAUCUCUUUCCCGCUCCAAAAUGGCGGAUUCACAGGCGGAGGCGAUGAAAAAGGCGUACGCCGGGAUCAUGCUCAACAUGGCGCAGGAGUCGGCGGCGCGGGUGCUGGCGGCGGAGCGGCGAGCGGCGGCGCUAGCUGCCGGGCUCGAGGCCGCGAAGGAGGACGGCGUCGCUACGCUCCUGCGGGUCAAGGCCAUCAUGGAAGCCAGGAUAAAAGAGAAAGACCUGGAAUCUUUGGUGCAUGUUAAGAAGAUAAAGGAACUAGAAGAGCAAUUGCAUGGUUCACAAAAUGCUAUGGCCUCGCUUAAGGUUGAGCUGCAGAGGGCAAUUACUGAAUUAGAGCUGACAAAGAAAACUUUAGCUGAUGAAAGAAUAAAUAGCCUUCCCACAUCUAACAACGUUUAUUCUAAUAAAAAUGGUAGCCCUCUUUCUAAGAUACAUCAACAAGGAGGAAAUAUAUUGUUGAAGAAUAAAAAGUUUGCUGACAAAAGUGAUGAUACUUGCCUUGUUCCAAUCACCGAGAAGGAGAAUGAAGCAGUGGAAAACUUGGAGGACAUGGAUCGUCGCAGUCCUGAUCUUCCAUCAUUAAUGGUAAGGAACAAGAAACCAAAGUUCUAUCAUAAUGGGUGUACACAGCGAAUCCAUGCACUUAAACAGCAGACUCAAAGUACAGAUGCAUUCUGGAAGCAAAAUCAGAAGCAGGUCACUGCAUUAAAUAGCUGCUCAAAGGCCAGAAUGAACAAUGCUGCAAAAAACCCAAGGUCCAUCAUGGAACAAAUACUUCAAACAAAUUUUUUGGGUAAGUUCAAGCGCAAGAGAGGCAGAAGAAGCAGGCCUAGUUAUAAGCAUGAUAAUUCUAGUGAGCAUGGGGAAGCGGAAUAUAAGUUAUCUGAUAGAUCUGAAUCUGAUGGAAAUGGCUGCUUGCUGCUACUUCAGGCACUUGAACAGGAUCUUUCACCUUCAAAGAUGUCAGCUGAACAUGAUGGGGAGGCUUUAACUGACCUGAAGGAAGACUUCAAAAUGAGCAGGAGGGAUGCUGAGUUAAGUCGGUGUAAUGCUUUCCCAGAACUGAUUGAUGUACUUGCAGUCAACAACAUGCAAAUGAAAAGAAGAAAAAGAACAAAGACCGUCAGGGUUUUGGAAGAUGAUUUUUCCGAUACCAAAAGUGUUCCUGAGCCAGAUAACAUCCAGCUUAUGACCAGUGAGAAAAGCAUGUCUGGUAAUCAAUUGGUUUCUGGGAUGACUAAGAAUCGCUCUGAUACACCCACCAGAAACAGUGACCGUUUCUUGAAAUGUGCUACUGGAAACAUGAUGCAUCAGACUGAUGCUGGUAAUGGUCAAUUUGAUCCUGAAAUCAGCUCUGCAGUGUUUCUUCAGUCUAUCAAAAGUGAAACUACAGAUUAUGGUAACUUGGCGGUGGACCAGCAGGAGCUGAUAACACCAAAUAAUAAUACUGCAAGCUUGAAAGAAGUUAAUGAGGAUGGAAGCUGCAGUUUGGCUUCACCUAAGACUGAUACUUCGACUCUUAGCUCCGUAGACAAAGAAAAUUUGAAGGCGUCUUCUGGAGUUCCCGUGCAAGCUUUAGAGAAACAAGAUGUUUCAGUUGGCAGCUCCCUGAACAAAAAAGAUCAUACAAAGGCAUCUUCUGGAGCUUCCAUGCAAGCUGAAGGUGCCAGACACAUCAAAUACACAUUCAAUCGCAGAAAGCGCAAGGGUAUGUCUAUUAACAGCACCCCUCAACGUGCUGUUCCUGAAGAGAGCAGUGACCUGUGUAGUCCAACUAACAAGCAAAAGCUUCAUCCAGAUCAUGUGGAACUGAAUCAUCUGAUAGAUUCUCCACAAGGCGACAGUCUUCUAGUCCAGGUUGCCGAACAGCUCAUUUUGUUGUCAGAGCAUAUGUGAUGAGAGUUUUGAUACAUGAAGCUGAAGAAAGGACUGGUUUGGUGACCUAAUAAUUAGGAGACUCCUGAUCAGUGAAUUUUGUAAUAUUCUAAAUCCAUUAAUUUCUUCCCUGGGUGCGUAGGAGACUUCCGGUUGCGACAACAGAGGUACUCGAGGCGUGUUACUGUAGCAGAGUGUAUAGACUUAGCAGUAAGUUCUACUAUUAUUUAGCUGAUGAAAUUUAAUUAGUGUUUAAGUAGGUGAUAAAUUAUUAGUUAUCUUUGUGUAAUUGUGUUAUUUAUCGACUUGCCAGAAUUCAGAAGGGAAAGAAUUGCUCCCUGCACAGAUGUAUUUAAAUUUUGAAUCAAUUUCUAUCACUUU